ACAUUCCAUAAAAUUCGAAUUUAACGGCCAUCAUAGUGCUGUGUUAGUGUCGAUAUGUUUUAUUUAGAAUUAUUUUCUUUUUUGUAGGAAAAUGCUGGAAAUUAAUAAUAUAAGUGGUGUACUAUCGUCGUCCAUGAAGUUAUUUUGCGAAUGAUACUUUGUUUUACAAGUGCCGUGUUUUGUGUGGACGCUUGCUGUGCGAUGCUGUGUUGCGAACGACUACGGACUUUAUUGUGGCUACCUUUGGACCCUCGCCCACUGGGUGGUCCACCAAUGGCGGUUGUACGAGCGGUCGCUGUGCUCGCUACUGGAGCUACAAGCGCGCAAGGGCUCGUACUCCAUGUGCUGUUCGCCGAGGUACGUGCUGGCGCCGGAGUACGCGCCGCACCUGCUGCCGCUGCCCCUCACCACGCAGCGCGCGUCGCCGCCGCCUGCGCACUUGUAGCGAUGCGAACAUGCGCCGCUUCAGGCGGCGCAAGAGCCCCCGGCCCCCGCUUCGACUUCCACGUCGACGUCAGCGGCGGGCGACGGCGCCAGCUCCUCGUAAGCUCGCGUCAUUGUGGGGACUCUGUGUGUAUUUCCAGGACACCUAGUGCUAGAUCUGUUAAGUUACACCCACACGAAAAUGUACCUUAUGUUAUGUUGUUGUAAGACUAUUUUUGCGCACUGACAUGUGAUUUGCCCUGGAUAAGGAUGUGUCUCGAGUAAUGACUGUUUCUGAGUUCACCAGUGAUUUUCUUCGUCAAUGGAACUGUCAAACACUAUAUAUGGUAACCAUUUAUUUUGUAAGUGAAACGUUUUAUUUCGAAAGAAAGACGUGGACCUACCAUGCGCCUGUAUCAAUGUCGAAACUCCGAACUUGGACAUCUUGAAAACCUCCAACAACUUGAGAUGGCAUCACGACCUCUUUCGUCACCCAAAACGCAGUUCAUCAAUGACAGUUAAAAAAAUAAAAUUGUCUAUGCCCUGUAAAUUAUAGAGUAAGGAGGUUACAUUCACAUAUCGGUGCGUUGACAUUCACAAUCCAUAGACAUGUUUAUUUUUUUACUACACCUUGUAAUAAAGAAUCAUACGAUGUUAUCAACUGUAUGUCUGUCUGUCCUAUCAUUAACAUGUGCGCUUUACUUUGUAUCUGAACGCUAACAUUUCAAUCACCUGGUCCUUUGAUACGUUGAAAUCAGAUAGUCUUGAUAAUACGACUGUAUUGAAAGUUAAUCAUUCAGCAAUUGUCUAUUUUAUGGCGCCGCAAUUUGUAGACACAAAUUAUAGUGAAUGAUGGCGUAUCAACCUGGGGUUGAAAAAACAAAACGAUAUCAAUGUUGCAGGCAAAAUAUGUAAUUGCAAUAUUCAUUUUUAACACAUGUUCAGUUGUUUCUUUUUUAGUUUAAAGGCGUCAAUUUAAAGCUAAAUGACUUUGAGAGGUGACGCAAAAACAACGACGCAAAAAUGUAUGGUUGUUGCUCCUUUAUUCAUGCUAAAGGCGUGUCAUCGAUUUGUCAUGUCCAAAUAAGAUUAUUUUAAUUAAUAUAAGCCAUUAUUUCGACGUUUUUACCGAUAUACGAACGGAUGAGAUGCAUUAUCGUUUUUAAACCAAGGCUAUUUAUUAUGCAAAACUGACCAUGGGCACUGCAACAUCAUUUUAUAUGCUCAGCAGCUUUUUACGACAUCAUCAAAACAUUGGUUCUUUUAUACGCGUCUUAAAAAAACGUAACGGAACUUUUUGGUCCUUUAUCCAUUACUUGUCUAAGAUUCCAUUUUUAAAUGAGAUUUGUUCUGUCAGUGUAAUAUUGAAAACCUAAUGCGGAAAAAGGUCUUUCAAAGUCUGUAAAAAUACAUAUAAAUAAGAUGUCACUAAAUUACUAUCGGAUAAUACUGGACUAGCUUCAUACUCGGUUCUAGUUGUUUAGCUAUAAAAUGGGCUUAGACGUAAAGUCGUAACCAUAUUAAUGUGCUAGAUACAGAUAUAACAUACAACUAUGAAAGUACGCAGGCGCCGGGCGGGGCUUCAAGCGCCGCCCCUAGCUCUUACAAGUUACAGAAUAUAAGAUAUAUAAAGUACAGUAUAUACGCCGUAACAUUGAAGAAAUUUGACCUUUUUAAAAGACAAUUAGAAAUUCAUACAAUCUCAGAUUGAAUUUGCGUCUCAAUCAUCAUCAAUGUGGCUUCAUCAUUUAGGUACAGUGGAUUUCUGUAAUCUAUCCGUUCUUUUGCAAUUAAAGGUUGAAAUUUGACAUAACAUGGAGCUAAUGUCAAAAUUCAAUCCACCGUUUAAAAAACAGUUGAAGAUUCUUACGCUACCCGUUUGAAUUUGUAUCUACAAAUCGCAGUGUUUGUCGCUUCAUCGUACAUUGAGAUAACCCAGUGGCACCGAAUUCUUUGUGCAGUUGACAUCUGUCAAUUUUCGAGGGAAAAUGACAUUACAUAAAAUGCCACAACUGUCAAGGUACUGAAUGUCACAAUUGUCAACUGCACCAAAAAACGGUCAGUCCAUAGUUAUUCGAUAUUACUUCCGUUGAUACAUACAUGAUAACAAAAACUGAAAACUAAUCUACGUAUUUUAUUUUUUUGUGAUCAUUGCGCACACUUCUGUAUAAGGACACUUUUUGCCCUUUGGAAAAUAUAAAAAAAGGCCUAUGAGCUUUUUGGUGGCAUCUAUUGUACAGUAUGUUUUAUCCGAAUUAAAAAAUAUUUAUUGAUAGAUUUGUAAUUUAAUAGGACAUAACUAGUGUUGGUACUUUACGCCAGCAAAACUAUCGAUAAAUAUUUUAUUUUAAAAAAUCUGUACGUCACACAUAUUUUGACAUUUCAUAUACAGGACGAUACUCUUUUGUAUUUUAUCUGACAGUGGUUUAAAAAUCUGUUAUGAUAUGUUCUAAUGUUAACUUUAUUCAUUCCAUCCUAUUUAAAACAAAUGUAUUCGCAUAAGUUCGGUCAAAAUGUGAUAUUUACUAAAUUUUGAAUUGGUUAUGAUCUCAAAGACAUCCAUUGAUAUUUUUAAUGAUAUUUUUUUACGUACCUACCUAUUCGAUUUUUUAUAAACAUUUUGUGUAGUUGACCAAAAGUUUGCUGUUAGAAUUAAAAUAAAGUUUUUUUGGCCAUACACUACUAACCUGCGUUUACGUUGUAAGUUGGAUUCUGUAGCGAAUUAUCAUUUAAUUAAAAAAGAUUUAUACAUGAUGUUGUAUUUUAUAUUUUGAUAUUAAAUGGUGGCUAGUCAAGUUCAGAACAGAUUAAAUUAAUACUUCGAAUAUUUUUUUACUUUGCUUUUUAGUAUGAGAGUUUAUGAGCUCUUAACCGUUAUUUUAUUCAUACAUAAAUAUCAUUUUAGUUUUCAUAAAAGUAAUACGUCCAAUAAAUAUAAAUUAAACCGUACCAUAUUAUAUCGUCCUUUAAAAUCCAACCGUCACACAGUCAAUGAUUUUUUCGGACAUUACUAUAGGUAAUACCUACCCUAAAUGAUUGCUUUCAAGAAAUAUAUAAUGUAAUAUAGAACUUGAAUAUUCAAUAUAGCUAACUGCGUCGCACUUACGUCAUUGUGUAAAUAUUUUGUAAAUAUAUUAUAUUGUCGGAAUAUUAUUUAGUUGUUAAUAGGUACCUACUACUUAAUAUCUCCGAUCGCGGAGUGGUUACCUAAACUGUUAUAAAUUCUCUGAAUAAUCGUAUAAAUAGUAAAAAUGUGAAGUUUUUUUGUUAAUAGCACAGUAAGAACUGAAAUAAUUGUACCCUAUUCUAAUUGUAGUUGUAAAUUGUGAAUGGAUCCUAGUAAAUUUUAAGAUCUUGUAAUUAUUAAGCCUAGAUUUAACAUUGACAUUACUUAUUUAUGAUAAUUGUUGUAACGUUUAGAUUUAAACGUUUAAAUGUUAAACUUCCGCCCAUCGAAUCGAGGCAUCACAAUUUUUGUGAUAAUCAAAUAAAUUGUAACCUAAGAAAAAUAAAAUAUCUUUGUAACUUUUGUCCAAUUCGCGAGUCCACUAAGAUUUUAAGUAGUGACAAAUUUAAAAACGUAGAUUUUCUAACUUUACGCAAACAUAUUUAAAAAAGCCAAAGUUCUUAAAGUCUAGCUUCUUUCGUUGAUGAGGAUAAUUGUUAAAAGAGCGUAAGUACCUAAAGUCCCAAUCGUCCGUAAUAUCUGGUGCUUAUGUCACAAUCUUCCUAAAAUAACGAUAAAUAUCUUUUCUCCUUUGUAUUGUAGUAAGAAGUCAGUAACUGCACAUUUAUAAUAAGCGACAGUCCAUCACACUAGAGUAGCUAACAAAAAUUAAAUUAAUGAUUUAAAUAAUUAAGCUAGGUUUAAGGACAUUGAAGUAAGGAAAAGGUGGUUAAGGGUCGUAUCGGUAAUGGCGACAUCUAUUGCGGAAAUGUUUGAUUCAUAUUCUAUGUUUUAUUGAGCAGCCAGUUGUUUGAGAAGGUUAAGGUAUGCUCAGACGAACUACGUCAGACGCGCGACGAGCUCGCGGUAAUUUUAAGUGUCAAUAAACAGCCCAGGUUAAGUCGUAUAUUUGACUGUUGAAUUUUGAACUAAUUUUCUCAAAUAACUGGUUGUACUAUGUAAACCUCGUUCACAUUUGCAGUUUCUAAAUUAAACAAAUAACCACUUACAAAAAUACGUUUCUAAAACCAAUAAAAGCCUACAAGAGGAUUGUUAGAUAUUUGUAUUAAUAUUAGUUGAAUAUUAAUUAAGUUAAUGUUAAUUUAAGCAUUACAGUACAUUUAGACACUUAGGACUUUUCUGUUCUGCAUAAAAAUGGAUACUCUAAACUCUAAAAUACUGAUCAGAAAGUAUUUUUGCUAUUGUCGAAGUGGCAGGAAUAGUUUUUUAUCAAUAAUAUUCAUCAUCCGUAAUAAAUUUUAUAACUAACAGAAUUAUGUGUUACAAAGACUGCACUUGUGAACUUGAUUGAAAUUCCCAGUUUUGUACAAUAAUUAUUUUUUAUUUAUUAAGUCGUUGUCAUAUUGUCUGGAAGCGUCUUUAUUGUAUUAAAACUUUUGUGUCUUGGUCUGAAAAUGCUGAUUGAGUGGUAAAAAUGCUAAGAGUCAAAAGUGAAUGAGCAGUUUAGUUUAUUCAUUGGUAUGUUUUAUUUAUCAUUAAGAUAAAGUAUGUAGAAGUGAAUGAGUAAAUACGAAUUCAGAUAUCCGAUCGACAUCGCAAAAAAAUAAAGUAUUUUAAUAUAUAAAUUGAUACUAUCCAAUAUUUUUUUAUCCUCAGUGAGCAUUUCUGACUAAGAACACCCUGUAUUGUGUCAUCUUAUUUAAAGUAAAUAUCAAUACAUUCUGAAAUAUAAAAUAUUUCUGCAAUUUAGCUGGUUUUCUAAUGUGAAAAGUGAUAUUUAAACUAUUUCUUGUCAAAUAAACGAUUUCCAUAAUCGUUA